CCCGUCAAUAUGGCGGCGAUCGGCCGCGGCCGCUCGCUCAAGAACCUCCGGAUCCGAGGGCGGAAUGACAGCGGGGAGGAGAACGUGCCGCUGGACCUGACUCGAGAACCAUCUGAUAACUUAAGGGAGAUUCUUCAAAAUGUGGCCAAAUUGCAAGGAGUUUCAAAUAUGAGAAAGCUAGGCCAUUUGAAUAAUUUUACUAAGCUUCUUUGUGACACUGGCCAUAGCGAAGAAAAGUUGGGUUUUAAUUAUGAGGAUAUUAUCAUUUGUUUGCGAUUAGCUUUAUUGAAUGAAGCAAAAGAAGUGCGGGCAGCAGGGCUACGAGCUCUUCGAUAUCUCAUCCAAGACUCCAGUAUUUUGCAGAAGGUGCUAAAAUUAAAAGUGGACUAUUUAAUAGCUAGAUGCAUUGACAUACAGCAGAGCAACGAGGUAGAGCGGACACAAGCACUUCGAUUAGUCAGAAAGAUGAUUACUGUGAAUGCUUCCUUAUUUCCUAGCUCUGUGGCCAACUCCUUAAUAGCAGUUGGAAAUGAUGGACUUCAAGAAAGAGACAGAAUGGUCCGAGCAUGCAUUGCUAUUAUCUGUGAAUUAGCACUUCAAAAUCCAGAGGUGGUGGCUCUUCGAGGUGGAUUAAAUACCAUCUUGAAAAAUGUUAUUGAUUGCCAAUUAAGUCGAAUAAAUGAGGCUCUCAUUACUACAAUUUUACACCUACUUAAUCAUCCAAAGACCCGACAGUAUGUGAGAGCUGAUGUAGAAUUAGAGAGAAUUUUAGCACCCUAUACUGAUUUUCACUACAGGCAUAGUCCAGAUACAGCUGAAGGACAACUCAAAGAAGACAGAGAAGCAAGGUUUCUAGCCAGUAAAAUGGGAAUCAUAGCUACAUUCCGGUCAUGGGCAGGUAUCAUUAAUUUAUGUAAACCUGGAAACUCUGGGAUUCAGUCUUUAAUUGGAGUACUAUGUAUUCCAAAUAUGGAAAUAAGGCGAGGUUUGCUUGAAGUUCUUUAUGAUAUAUUUCGUCUUCCUCUGCCUGUUGUCACUGAGGAGUUUAUAGAAGCACUGCUCAGUGUAGAUCCUGGUAGAUUCCAAGAUAGUUGGAGGCUCUCAGAUGGCUUUGUAGCAGCUGAGGCAAAAACUAUUCUUCCUCAUCGUGCCAGAUCCAGGCCAGACCUCAUGGAUAAUUAUUUGGCACUGGUACUCUCUGCCUUUAUUCGUAAUGGACUUUUAGAAGGUUUGGUUGAAGUCAUAACAAACAGUGAUGACCAUAUCUCAGUUAGAGCUACCAUCCUUUUAGGAGAGCUUUUACAUAUGGCAAACACAAUUCUUCCUCAUUCACAUAGCCAUCAUUUACACUGCCUGCCAACCCUAAUGAAUAUGGCUGCAUCUUUUGAUAUCCCCAAGGAAAAGAGACUGCGAGCUAGUGCAGCCUUGAACUGUUUAAAGCGCUUUCAUGAAAUGAAGAAAAGAGGACCUAAGCCUCAUAGCCUUCAUUUAGAUCAUAUUAUUCAGAAAGCAAUUGCAACACAUCAGAAACGGGAUCAGUAUCUUCGUGUUCAAAAAGAUAUAUUUGUUCUUAAGGAUACAGAGGAAGCUCUCCUAAUGAACCUAAGAGAUAGCCAAGUCCUUCAACAUAAAGAGAAUCUUGAAUGGAAUUGGAAUCUUGUAGGGACCAUUCUUAAGUGGCCAAAUGUAAAUUUAAGAAACUAUAAAGAUGAACAACUACACCGGUUUGUACGAAGAUUACUUUAUUUUUACAAACCCAGCAGUAAAUUAUAUGCCAACCUGGAUCUGGAUUUUGCCAGAUCCAAGCAGCUUACAGUUGUGGGUUGCCAGUUUACAGAAUUUCUUCUUGAGUCUGAAGAGGAUGGUCAAGGAUACCUAGAAGAUUUAGUAAAGGAUAUUGUUCAGUGGCUCAAUGCUUCAUCUGGAAUGAAACCGGAAAGAAGUCUUCAAAAUAAUGGUUUAUUGACUACCCUUAGUCAACACUACUUUUUAUUCAUUGGAACACUUUCUUGCCACCCUCAUGGAGUUAAAAUGCUAGAAAAAUGUAGUGUUUUUCAAUGUCUCCUUAAUCUUUGCUCCUUGAAAAAUCAAGAUCACUUGCUAAAACUGACCGUUUCUAGCUUAGACUAUAGCAGAGAUGGAUUGGCUAGAGUCAUCCUUUCCAAAAUCUUAACUGCAGCCACUGAUGCCUGCCGGCUGUAUGCAACAAAACAUUUAAGAGUGUUACUAAGAGCUAAUGUUGAAUUCUUUAAUAAUUGGGGAAUUGAAUUACUUGUAACCCAACUACAUGAUAAAAACAAAACAAUUUCUUCUGAAGCUCUAGAUAUCCUUGAUGAAGCUUGUGAAGACAAGGCCAAUCUUCAUGCUCUUAUUCAGAUGAAGCCAGCUUUAUCUCAUCUUGGGGAUAAGGGCUUGCUUCUCCUCUUAAGAUUUCUCUCCAUUCCAAAAGGGUUUUCCUAUUUGAAUGAAAGGGGUUAUGUAGCAAAACAAUUGGAAAAGUGGAACAAGGAAUAUAAUUCAAAAUACGUUGACUUGAUUGAGGAACAACUUAAUGAAGCACUUACUACUUAUCGUAAGCCAGUUGAUGGUGACAACUAUGUUCGUCGGAGUAACCAAAGAUUACAGCGUCCUCAUGUCUACUUACCUGUACACCUUUAUGGACAACUUGUACACCACAAAACAGGCUGCCAGUUGUUGGAAGACCGGAAUAUCAUUGCAGAGCUCUGUCACAGUGUUCGCACACCAGAUUUGGAUAUAUGGGAAGAAAUUAAAAAAUUAAAAGCAUCUCUCUGGGCCUUGGGAAAUAUUGGCUCAUCAAAUUGGGGUCUCAAUUUGCUACAGGAAGAAAAUGUGAUUCCUGAUAUUCUAAAACUUGCAAAACAAUGUGAGGUUCUUUCAAUUAGAGGGACCUGUGUAUAUGUGCUUGGACUCAUAGCCAAAACCAAGCAAGGCUGUGAUAUUCUAAAAUGUCACAACUGGGAUUCUGUAAGGCAUAGUCGCAAACAUCUAUGGCCAGUGGUGCCCGAUGAUGUGGAACAGCUCUGUAAUGAACUCUCCUCUAUCCCAAGUACCCUAAGUUUGAACUCAGAGUCAACCAGCUCUAGACAUAAUAGUGAAAGUGAAUCUGCACCGUCAAGUAUGUUUGCAAUGGAGGAUGACCGAUUUGGUAGCAGCUCUACAAGUACAUUCUUCCUUGACAUCAAUGAAGAUACAGAACCAGCAUUUUAUGAUCGGCCAGGACCUAUAAAGGAUAAAAACUCAUUUCCUUUCUUUGCUUCUAGUAAACUUGUGAAGAAUCGGAUCUUAAAUUCUCUUACAUUGCCCAAUAAAAAACAUCGUAGUAUUAGUGAUCCAAAAGGAGGAAAAUCAUCAUCUGAAAAUAAGAGCAGCAACAGGCGAAUCCGAACUCUUACGGAACCUAGUGUUGAUAUUAAUCCUAGUGAUGAUUUCACUCCCAUGUCCACAGUGCAGAAAACAUUGCAAUUAGAAACUUCAUUUGUUGGAAAUAAGCACAUUGAAGACACUGGUAGUACUCCAAGUAUUGGUACAGAGAAUCACAGAGAAAACACAAGUCGAGAGCGAUUAGUUGUAGAAAGUUCAACCAACUCACAUAUGAAGAUACGCAGCCAGAGUUUUAAUACAGAUACUACAACAAGUGGCAUAAGUUCAAUGAGCUCAAGUCCUUCACGAGAGACAGUAGGUGUAGAUGCUACAACUAUGGACACAGACUGUGGAAGUAUGAGUACUGUGGUAAGUACUAAAACAGUUAAAACAAGCCACUAUUUGACACCACAGUCUAACCAUCUCUCUCUCUCCAAGUCAAACUCAGUAUCCCUGGUGCCUCCAGGUUCUUCCCAUACACUUCCUAGAAGAGCACAGUCACUUAAAGCACCCUCUAUUGCUACAAUUAAAAGUUUAGCAGAUUGCAACUUUAGCUACACAAGUUCUCGGGAUGCCUUUGGAUAUGCUACUCUGAAAAGAUUGCAGCAACAAAGAAUGCAUCCAUCCUUAUCUCAUUCUGAAGCUUUGGCAUCUCCUGCAAAAGAUGUACUGUUUACUGAUACUAUCACCAUGAAGGCAAACAGCUUUGAGUCCAGGUUAACACCAAGCAGGAUCGAUUUUAAAAAGAAGCAUGUCGGGGGAAUCAGGAGCUUAAGACCUACAAUAACAAACAACCUUUUCAGGUUCAUGAAAGCUUUAAGUUAUGCUUCAUUAGAUAAAGAAGAUUUAUUAAGUCCUAUUAAUCAAAACACUCUGCAGCGAUCAUCCUCAGUGAGGUCCAUGGUAUCCAGUGCAACAUACGGUUGCUCAGAUGACUAUAUUGGCCUUGCUCUUCCAGUAGACAUCAAUGACAUAUUUCAGGUAAAGGAUAUUCCAUAUUUUCAAGCAAAAAACAUACCUCCACAUGAUGAUCGAAAUACAAAAGUGUUUACUCAUGAUGCAGGAGGUCUUCCAUCUGGAACUGGAGGUCUUGUAAAAAACUCUUUUCACUUGCUACGACAGCAGAUGAGUCUUACAGAAAUAAUGAACUCAAUCCAUUCAGAUGCUUCUCUGUUUUUAGAAAGUACAGAAGACACUGGACUACAGGAGCAUACAGAUGAUAAUUGCCUUUAUUGUGUCUGUAUUGAAAUUCUGGGAUUCCAGCCUAGUAAUCAACUAAGUGCAAUAUGUAGUCAUUCGGACCUUCAAGACAUUCCAUAUUCUGAUUGGUGUGAGCAGACUAUCCAUAAUCCUUUAGAAGUGGUUCCCUCUAAGUUUUCGGGGAUUUCAGGAUGCAGUGAUGGAGUAUCUCAAGAAGGCUCAGCCAGUAGUACAAAAAGCACAGAAUUAUUAUUAGGUGUUAAAACAAUUCCUGAUGAUACGCCAAUGUGCCGUAUACUCCUUCGCAAAGAAGUUCUAAGACUAGUCGUUAACUUGAGUAGUUCCGUUUCAACUAAAUGUCAUGAAACUGGGCUUUUAACAAUUAAGGAAAAGUAUCCUCAGACAUUUGAUGACAUUUGCCUUUACUCUGAGGUUUCUCAUUUGCUGUCACACUGCACAUUUAGACUUCCAUGUCGGAGGUUCAUACAAGAAUUAUUUCAAGAUGUACAGUUUUUACAAAUGCAUGAAGAAGCAGAGGCUGUGUUGGCAACACUACCAAAGCAACCUAUCAUUGAUACAUCUGCUGAAUCCUGACCACGUAUUUCUAAAGUUGAUAGAUACAUGCUAUAUAUAUUAAUUAUUGUGGGUUUCAUAAAAGCUUCAGAAAGUGCUGACAGACUGAACAUCAAAAACAGGAGUAGGUUCUGUACACUGUUCCAGUAGUUUCUGGUACAUGAACACAGCUGGAGCUGCAGAAUUCUCUAACCAAAACAACUUCCUCUCACAUUCAUUGAACUCUUGGUGGGGUUCAGUGUUCAUUACCAGUUUAAAGAGUUCUAGUUACCAUUGUAUGCAGGAGCCAAGUACUGAAUACCUGAACAGAUUUUCUGAUUUUUUUAUUUUAAGAGCAUAAUAACAGUGGGACAAUAAUAGAAUAUGCAGAAGCACCCUUUACAAAGUUCUGAAAAAAAUUUAGGGUGAUAUAAAGAUGCCUUGUUUGUUAACUAAUUCAUGGAAACCAGGAGUCAGUGUCUCUGAGGUGCAUCCUGUACCAACCACAGUGGGGUGUGCUAUAGCUGCUGGUAUUAAGAGGGGGAACUUAAGCCCUUCCACUUUUUUUUUAAAUAUUUGAAACACUACUUCAGAGGUUUGUAACCUCAAAGCGAAAGAAGAGCCUCAACAGCCCGGGACUUAAAAAUUAUUUUAUGUUGCUAGAUUUGCAUAAUGUUUGUUUUCCAUCUCUUCAGUUUUGUUGCAAAGUGUUGUUAUAGUCUCUUUGAAUUGCUUAAGGUUUUUCACUACAGUUCCUGAUUAAAAUUAAAAAUCUUUUAUAACUCAAAAGUAUUUCUCAUUGAUAGAGCACAUGUAUUUUCAGUGAACCUGUUUUCAUCAACUUCCCACAUCAGUGUUUAAACAAUAACUAAAGGAUGUAGUUUGACAUAGCACAUUUACCCUGCAUGUGUAAGGCACUUGGUUUGAUCCCUGGCACCACAAACAAAACAAGAAGGAAAUGCAAACACUUGAAUAAGCAAUCUUUACCCUAAGCAAAAGAAGCAUUAAGUAAUACUUUGACUCUCCUGAAAAGAUAAGUCUUUCUAUGAUAUUUACAUUCCAUGGGAAAAGAAGAGCCAUAUUUCCUUUAAAAAAUUACUAUAAAUUGAUAUUACAACUGGAAAUUGUAGUGAAAAGCCUUAAGUACCAAUUUUAAAGCAGCAGUAAUUUAAUUUUCAUAUCAGUGUUCUUGUUUUGCACAGACUAAAUGCCUUGGUAGGUUAUGAGUACAGUAAUUGCCUUCAUCAUAUUGUGAAGUUAAUCGGUAGGGCAAGGUUUUGUUCAGUUUUUGGAAAUCUUUAUAGGAAUUAAACGUAUGCAAAUUGUAUAUAAAAACAGCAUGGCCAUCACUAGAAUGCGUGUAGAUGAAUGA